AUGUCUAGCAACUACCCUUCUCUCUUCCGCUCGGAGGAGAUGUCCCUUGUUCAGCUAUAUAUCCCUUCUGAAGUAGCUCAUGAUACCAUCUCAGAACUAGCGGAAAUGGGGAAUUUCCAAUUUAAGGAUCUCAACCCGUCUUUGACCUCUUUCCAACGGCCAUUCACACCACGUCUCCGUCGUCUUGCAGAGUCUUCACGAAGACUUCGGCUCUUCCGAUCUCAGAUCACUGGUCUCUCACCUACACUUGGCAUCCCCCCCCUCGCUGCUGUCCCACCUUUCACCACUGUUGGCCCUCGAGCUCAGAAUGCGUAUGACGAGUUGGAGGAUAAGCUAAAGGAGCACGAAAGACGAUUGACCGAUAUGAACAAGUCAUGGGAGGAAUUAGGAAAGAGAAAGUCAGAAUUAGAGGAGAAGCGAUGGGUACUCAGAGAAACUGCAGGAUUCUUCAACGAGGCCGAACAUCGCCACACUGAAAUCAGAACUUCUUUCGACGAGGGUGACAAUGCACCUCUUCUCGAACACGCCGCAGAGUAUGGUAAUCUACCUGGUGAGACUGGUCUGUCAGGCUUCGAUCUCGAAUUCGUAUCCGGUACAAUUGAGAGGAGUCGAAUGCCAACCUUUGAGAGAAUCCUGUGGCGAGUCCUGAGAGGAAAUCUUUACAUGAACUACUCUGAAAUUGAGGAACCUUUCGUCGACCCUACUUCAGGCAAAGAGACCCAUAAAGACGUUUUCAUCAUCUUCGCGCACGGCGAAGACCUUCUGGCAAAGAUCAGAAAAGUGGCCGAGUCCAUGGGUGGCACUUUGUACAACAUCGAUUCAUCCCAAGAUAAACGAUCAGAUGCUUUGCGAGAAGUCUCCGCUCGACUUGAAGACGUUGACACUGUACUGUACAACAUGGGUCAAACCCGAAGAGUGGAGUUGAGCAAGAUUGCGGAACAGCUAGAAGCUUGGUCAGAUGCUGUUAGACGAGAAGAAGAAAUAUUCAAAUCUCUCAAUCUUCUCAGUUACGAUCAAACUAGGAAAACUCUCGUUGCCGAAGGAUGGUGUCCAUCCAGAGAUAUCACCGCGAUCCAACUCGGACUACGAAGGGCCAUGGACACAGCCGGAACCUCAGUGCCCGCUAUCCUGUCCGAAUUGAGAACUCAUCAAACACCUCCAACCUUCCAUCGAACUAACAAGUUCACCGAAGGUUUCCAGACCUUAAUUGAUUCAUACGGUAUAGCCACUUACCAAGAAGUCAAUCCUGGUUUGUUUGCCGUAAUCACCUUCCCCUUCUUGUUUGCCGUCAUGUUCGGUGAUAUUGGACAUGGUAUCCUCAUGUUCCUGACUGCCGCUGCCAUGAUCUUCUGGGAGAAACAAAUCGCAAAAAACGGUGUCAAUGAGAAUUUAGAGACUUUCUUCUUUGGUCGAUACCUCAUCGUCCUCAUGGGUACAUUUUCCAUUUACACUGGAUUCAUGUACAAUGAUAUCUUCUCAAAAUCCCUUCACAUCUUUAAUUCAGCUUGGGAAUGGCCUCACAAUGCUACCGGUCUUGUCGAAGCCAUACCCACCGGCCAUCGUUACGCCAUGGGUAUGGAUCCCGGAUGGCAUGGGGCCGAUAAUGCCUUGAUUUUCAACAAUUCUUACAAGAUGAAAUUGUCAAUCAUCUUAGGUGUUAUUCACAUGACCUUUGCUAUAUCGCUGCAAGUACCCAAUCAUAUCCAUUUCAAGAAGUACAUGAACAUUUAUGCCGAAUUCAUCCCUCAAAUGCUAUUCUUCCACAGUAUCUUUGGUUACUUGGUCAUUUGCAUUAUUUACAAAUGGUCCAUUGACUGGUCUCAAUCCUCCACCUCACCUCCUGGUCUCCUGAAUAUGUUGAUCUACAUGUUCCUUUCCCCUGGUACUAUCGAACCUGGAACACAACUUUUCGCCGGUCAGGCUUUCAUUCAAGUUGUCUUGCUCUUAAUCGCUUUAGUAUGUGUUCCAUGGAUGUUAGCUCUCAAGCCUUACUUGCUUUGGAAGGAGCAUAACAGGAUCAAAGGUCAAGGAUACCACGGUCUGACCGGACAGGAGAAUGGAGAAGGACACUCUACUACCGAACAUCUUGAUGAGGAGGAAGAGGAAGUUGGGAUGGCCGUCGCGGAGUCCACAGAUGAAGACCACCCAUUUGAGAUGAGUGAUAUCGUCGUCCAUCAAGUUAUCCACACUAUCGAGUUCUGUCUUGGAUGUAUUUCCAAUACUGCAUCCUAUCUUCGUCUCUGGGCUCUUUCGCUUGCACACGCUCAACUGUCGGAAGUGCUGUGGCAAAUGACUCUUGAUCUGGCGUUACAAUAUGAAGGUGGCGUGAUCGCUGGGGGCUUAUUCUUGUUUGUCAUGUUUGCUGUGUGGUUCGCGGGUACCAUCUGUAUCCUCUGUGUGAUGGAGGGUCUUUCCGCCUUCCUUCACGCUCUUCGAUUACAUUGGGUUGAGGCAAAUGGUAAACACUACAUGGCCGGAGGAUAUCCUUUCACUCCACUCAGCUUCGCCACCUUGGGCGAGGAAGACGAACAGUAG